AUGUUGAUCACUAAAAGACAGGAGAAAUCCAUUCAAGACAUUUCCAAACCUUUGGAAAGCAUCAUCAAAUCAAUCAAAGACGCUUCAAAUGAUGAACUACCGAAGGUUUUGCGUGCUAAUUUGACUUGGGAUACAUCAAAAGGUACAUUGUUAACUUGGAUUGAUAUCUUGAACAAAUUUGAUUCCAUUUUAGAAUCAGUCGUCAAUAAAUACAAAUUAGGGGAAGAACAAGCUAAGCUAGUUGUUAUGGAUAAUAAAGAUACUGAAUUGGUCGUAUCAAUUCUUGACUUCACUUACAUGUUAUUAGAUAACUCUUCACAUAAAUCUGCUUAUUCAAGUUCACACAGACUUUAUGACCUUUUACAAUCACCAACUAUUCCAGUCAUUAAAGCUGUUUUGAGAUGUUUUGUCAUUUUAGGUAAGAAGUAUUCAAUUAAAUCAAUGAGAAGAGGAUUUGUUGCUACUAGAAAAGUUUCAGAUAGAGUUUAUCCUUUGGCUUUACUUUUACCAGCUUCAACCGUCGCAACAAGUACAACUAAUGAAGAGAAUCGUUCAUUGAUUGAUUUCAUCAAGGAGACUGCAGUGGUUCCAAAGAAAUGGAGAAACAUUGAACAUACCUAUUUUCCAGAAACUGAAUACAAAGAGUCUGUCCAUACAGAACCAUCUCCAGUUCAGAACUCACCAUCAGUUAAGAAGGUUAGAAAUCAACAACAACAACAAAUCUCACCUACUAAAGGGAAGAAACAACAACAGCAAAAAGGUUCAGAUAAAGAUCAAAAGAACGGAGGUGGUGCCGCUGUAUACUAUUUACCAGAGUCUGAAAUUCGCAAGUUAUCAUUGGAGCAAAUCUUUGAUAAAGGUGUUGAAAGAUUACCAAGUAAAACAUGGUAUAAAUUUGCCCUUAAAGCAAUUAUGACCAAGUCAUUCAACACAAACUCAUAUGAAAAUAUAAAGUUACGUCAAGAUUUAGUUAUCAUCAAACUUUUGGCUAUUUCAUUAUUAGUUUCUGUUAAUAGUGAAUUUGAAGUUACAUCAAGAAUCUUUGAAGCUGAUCCAAACUUAUUACAGUCUGCUAUUGAAUUAACCAACUUACAAAAUCCAGUCCCAUUAGAAAUUAGAAUGGCUGCUGUUAUUUCAUUAGACUGCAUUUCGUCAUUGAAGACUUGGUCAACUGAGAUUCUAAAAAGUUAUGGUGGUAGUAUUUCCCAUGGUCUUUUAUUACAAAACGUCAGAUACAUCAUUAAGCAGAUUAAAAAUAAAGAUACAAAUAUCGAUGAAGAUUUUAACACUUAUUAUUUGACAGUUAUUUCAAACUUGGCAGAAGUAAAAUCAUUAGGUGCAACUUUGGUAUCUGCUGGGUUGAUUCAAACACUCACUGAAUUUUUACAUUUGGAAACUGACUACAAGAAAACAGUUGCUGGUGCUACUCAUUUAUUAAAUACUGUUAUCUCAACAUCAUCAGAUUAUGUGACACUUUUCAGGGAACUCAAUGGGUUCAAUACCUUGAUUGGUAUUAUUGGUUAUGAAAUUGAAUUUGCUUUAAACAAUCCAGGAUACGGUGGUGGUCCUCCAAAAAUCACAGCUGUGCAUUAUUCAAUCAGUUUUAAACAAGCAAAUUUGAUAAGGUCUUUUUUGAAAUUUGCACAUAGUUUGAUUCAAUCAGAGAGUGGUGAUAGAGUAAGAAACCUCUUUGACUCCCCAUUAUUAGGCCAUUUAAAUAACAUUUUACAAAACACCAACGUUUUUGGAUAUACUUUGUUGACUUUGGCCAUCAAUACAAUCUCUGCCAUUAUCCAUAAUGAACCAACUUCAUAUGGUAUAUUGAAAGAAGCUAACACAAUUGAUUUGAUUGUUGAUAAUUUUGAAAAAUACUUUGGUAAAUCAUCAGAACUUAUAACCGCAUUACCUAAUGUUAUUGGUGCCAUUGCUUUGAAUACUGAAGGUUUACAAAGAGUCAAAGAAAGUAAUUUGAUUCAUAAAUUAUUCAAAAUUUUCGAUAAUAAUGAUUACGCUAAAGCUUUGGUCGUGGAUGAUGCAUCUGAUUACUUCGGCUCUACAAUUGAUGAAUUAGCGAGACAUUAUCCUGACUUGAAACCUAUUAUCAUUAAUGAAGUUGCAGAACUUAUCAAGAAACUACCAGGAUUUGCCAAGAGCCAUUUACCAACUCCAAAGAUUUACAAAUCAGAAGCUGGAUCUUUUUAUCAUUCCAAAGAGGACGAGGUUGUUGACAACGAAGAAGGUUCAAAUCAAAUUGAUGCUUGGGAAACUUUAGAUGAAGCUUAUAUUGUUGAAAAUGCUAUGGUUUUCAUUGGAAAUCUGAUUCAAUACAGUAAUGCUUGGAUCACUAUAAUGGAUAAAUUACCUUUCGAAGACUGGUUGCCAUUGCUCACACUUCCAAACUCAUCAUAUGACUACGUUUAUUCCAACAGUAUGUACCCAGUCAAUGGUAUAUUGAAGUACUUUGAUGAUGAAAGAAGGGAAUAUGCUCCUAGAAUCCUUAUUAGUGAAAUUCAUAAACAAGUUUCGUCUUUUAAAGACUACAUCGCUUCCAAUGAAUCAAAAUCUUUGUUCCAAGUUUAUGAUGGAAAUGCUGAAAAAUCUGAUGAUCUUCUCAACAGAAUGAUUUCUGUUAACAAUAUUUUAUUUGCAUUUGUUGACGUUUAUUGCAACCAAACUACACUUUCUCCAACUAGGGUUGGCCAAUUGGCAAGAUUUUUUAGUGAUAAAGAAGGAUUGGAAUUGUUAGAAUUGCUAGGACAACUUUUGAAGCGUGUUACAUACGAAGAAGAGGUUAUUCGCUCAACUUUACCUGAAAUUACAUCCAAAGAAACUAUUCCAAAUAUUGCUGACGAAGGAAUUCCACCUCUACGUAUAGUGGCUGGUAAGGAGAAACCACAACCUGUAUUCAACAAAACAAGUGCAAAGUUUAAAAAUACACUUCAGGUAAGAUUUUUGGGUAACAGAAUUCAUGGAUCCAUUGCUGUUAUAUUCAAUACGCUUUUAAGCCUGACAAAUUCAGGAAGACAAGAGACUACAGUGGAUUCGUAUAGAGGAUUUAGUGUUUUGGUUACAACAACAGUUACUAAAAUCUUGAGUGACUACUUGGUAUUAGAUACUAGCUUGACAGCAUCCUAUCAGUUGGUUUUGAUAGAUACCAUAUCAUAUGCUUUAAUGGAUGCAAGCUCUGGAAAGAUUUUAACACUCCCUGCCAUCACUUUUAUGCAAAAUGAAGGGUUCAUAAGACAACGUGACAUUCUAUUACAUAUUUGGCCUCAAUUAGGGAAUUUAACUGAAACCCAAAUCAAAGAACUCACAGAAGCCAAACAUACAAUAGAUACUUCUGAAAGUAUUGUUUUGGAAAUUGUUACUCAUAUUUUGGAUCUUUUCAACUUGAUAACCAAUUUUGAAUUAUUGACCUCUGUUAGCAAUGGACCAUUAUACUAUGAAGGUGAUUUACAAGGUGCAGUUAAUUUACCAGUACAUAAUUUAUCUGUAUCAUUUUUGACACAAUCAAAAUUACUCGGAUUUGGUGCACUUUCUGGUAUCUUGGAUGAAGACCAGUUUGCCUCUAUCGAUGAAGGAGUGAAAUUACCACCAUCAGUUGUUUCUGGAUUGAUCAAAUUAGGAAAGCAGCUAUACAGUACUGCUGGUGAAAAAAACUUAAACUAUACAGAUGGUUCGUUGUAUAAAUUGGAUUGGAAGCAAGCUAAAGAUUCUCAUAAUAGAGUGGAAUAUCUUCAAUCUCUUGGGUUAUCAGAGGAAGUUUCACUUAGAAUUGUUAAUCAACAUGGUGGUGACUUAACAGUUUUAGAAGAAGAGAACUUACCCGAAGGCUUAGGAUCUCCUGAUGAAUGGAAAACUGCCGUUGAAAAAUCCAAGGAGUUGAAAUAUAAUAGACCUACACCAGUGUUGGUUUUGCCUCAAUAUGCUGAUAAACAUACAUUAACAGAUCUUGAAGAGGCUCGUCAAUCAAAGAGCGACUAUUUGCUAGAUCAAUUUUUGUUGAUUGCUCAAGUUUAUCCAGAGACGGUACAAAGUGUUUCUGAAUUUUUAUUGUCUUCAUUUUUGGGCUCAUCAAAACAUAACGUUGUAAAUUUUGAAGCAAACAUAUUACGUACUGUACUUGAUUACAUCUAUUCAUUUGAAAUCAAAAAUGAAAAUUCACAAGAAUUAUCAUCAAUGCUUAAAUUAUUUGGUCUAUUACUAGAAAACGAUACAGUUUAUUUUGGUGCUUCAUCAACUAUGAAAAAUUUCGCAAGCUUCAUUAUUGAGUCACUGAAACCUGAGUUUGCUGAUUGUGAUUGGUUUUCUGAGGCCAUCUUUGCUCUACAUAGAAUAAUUACUGUGACAUUACUGCCUGAUUAUGAGAAAGUUGAUAAAGAUAUUGCAUUUGCUCUUCCAAAGCCUCCUCAAAUCACAUUUGAACUUGAGCCUACGCUGAGAGAUGAUUUGUUCAAAAUUUUAAUAAGUGUAAAGGAUUUGACAAAAUUCAAAAGUGCACUAGCUGUAACAAGGGCGCUACUUAUCUUCUCAAGAAACCCUGAAAGAUCUAAAGAAAUUUUAAAAUCAAAUCUCAUCCAGUUAAUUGUCAAAGUCAUUUCAAAAAGCAAGUAUUCGGAGGAUGAGAAACCAUAUUCACUUGAAUUAGCAUUCUCUUUACUUGUCAGAAGCUGCUAUGAGACUAAAGACGUUAUUUUAUCUCUUAUUCAAAGGGAAAUCAACAGACAGUUCACUUCCAAGAGUCGUUCAGAUAAUAGUAAAGAAAAGAUUAGAGAUCUUGUCUCAUUGGUUAAAGAUCAUGCUGGUGUGAUUUUACGUUUCCCAGAACUUUACAUCGAUGAACUAUCCAAAAACACCAGAUUCAAUGACUUUAGUAUACCAUUGAGAAAUUUAAAUGUUCGCUAUCACCAAGAAAAAGAAGAGGACGUUCCAAUGGUCGAUGCUGUUACUGGUAAUAAGGAUGUAAAUGAAAAGUCAACAACAUUAGAUGACCAAACCGGUAUUGUUCAUUUAUUAUUGACAGAAUUAAUGACAACAGCAAAAAAAGAUUGGACAACAGAGCCACCUUUAUCUGAAAAAGAGCUUGAAGAACAAAGAAAAGAAAAGGAAAAGAAUGAAAUGCCUAAGGCUCCUAAAGUGGACGUAAACAAGAAUGAGAACUGCAGAUAUAUGUUAUAUUUGUUGAAGGUUAUUGUUGAGUUGUUGGCUUCAUAUAAACAAUCGAAAUUAGAGUUUUUGACAUUUUCCAAGAAGCAAUUGUUCCAAACAGAAGCAGAUAAUGAUAUAUUCAAACCACGCUCAACAUCUUUAAACUUUUUCCUCCACCAGUUGAUUCAAGGUUCUGUUACAGAUUUGACUAAGCCUGAAGACAUUAGAAAAAGGGCAGUUUCUGAAUUGGCAUCAAAGGCUAUCGUUGCAUUCAUUUCUAGUAUUGAUCAAAGUGACUUGAAGGCAGAUGCAAAAAAGGUUGAUCCUGAUAUGACUUUCAUAAGAAAGUUCACUGUUGAUUCCAUAUUGAAGGUUGUUAAAGACGUCACUCUUUCAUCUCAAACAAUGAAUGUUAGAUAUAAAAAACUUAUCUCUGUUAAUAAAAUAAUUCCUUCGUUACUUUCUACUUCAAGAGAAAAACUAGUGGAGGAAGGUACUGUUGAGUUUGAUGGAUUUCAUAUGGCCAAGAGCAUGAUUGAUGCAAGCAUACCACAAGCAUUGACAGGUGUUUUAACUGAAAUUGAUGUCAAUUAUCCGGAGUACUAUUUUGUUCUAGAUUCAAUAGUCACAUCACUACAAGUUAUAUCUAGUGCCAAAUCAAAGUUCCAAGAUUUAUUCAAAGAAUAUCUUCCAAACACAGGUGCUGAUGAAGAAGAACUAGAAGAAGAUGAAAAUGAUUUCAAAGAGGAAACACCAGAUUUAUUCAGAAAUUCUACAUUAGGAAUGUAUGACGUUGAUGAGAUUGAUUCCGAAGAGGAUAUGAGUGAUUAUGAUGACGAUUUUGAUGAGGAUGAUCCAGAUAGAUCCUUAGAGAUUGUUUAUAGUGAGGAUGAUGAUGAAGAGGAUGAAGAUAAUGACGAGGAAUUGAUCGAUUCUGACGGUGAGGAAGUCGCCGAAGUUGAAGAUGCUGACGAGAUCAAUGAACAUGGGUUUGAAGACUUUGAAAUGGAAGAUGAUAUGUCAGAAAGCGAAGAUUCAGGAUCUGGCUCAGAAAGUGGCUACUCAGAUGAUGAUGAGCAUAUGGAAGAUGGUUCUGAUGUGGAGUUAAUUGCUGAUUACGAUCAUUCUGGUGUAUCAGAUGAUGAAUCAGAAGAGCCAAGAGCACAUAGAAAUUCAGCCGGUAGAUUUAUUGACGUUCUUGCUGAGCAAUCUGAUUUGGAGUCAGAACUUGACGAGAUGGUAGGUGAUGAUGAAGAUGGUGUUGACUUAGGAAGUAGUUCCCCUUCAGGUAAUCAUUUACACGAGGGUAAUGGUAAUCUUGGGUUAUUUUUAGAUGCAGAUGAUGAUGAUAGCAACGAGUCAGACCUUGACAGUGAUGAAAAUGAUUUAGAUCCUUUCAGUGCUCUUCUUUCAAAUCCAAGAACUCACAGAAGAUCAGCACGUCCACAUGAUCAUAAUAUUCGCCCUGCAAGGGUUGUUAUUAAUGCUCAAGACCUUGGAAGCUUAGAUCCUGCAUCUAUACGUGAAAGUAUUCAGAGAGCCACCGCAAACCUCACAUCACAACAAAUGCGUGGAAUGCCAGAUCUUGGUCAGUUUGAAAGCUUGUUGAACCGUGAAAGUCUACGCAGAGUGCUACAUCCUGGUGGUGUACUCAAUAGAUCUUCUGAGUCUGAGAUGACCUUGAAGUCGACUAAAGAAAGAUGGAAUGAAUUAAACACUUUGUUCUUCGGUAAAUCACCUCAAUCUUUGAGAGUUAUUCCUUCUAUUAUCAACAGAAUUUUUGAUCCAAGUGAACAACUAUUUCAUAAGAAGAAAGCAGAGGAAGAUGAACGCAGAAAGAAAGAAGAAGAAGAGUUGAAAAAGAAAAAGGAAGAAGAGGAGACUAAAAGAAAAGAAGAAGAAGCUGAACGCAGAGCUUCUAGAGCAGCUGCAGAAGAUGAUGAAAUGGAAGUUCAAGAUGCUCACAAUGAAGAACGUGAACCUAUUUAUGUGAUGAUAGGGGAUCGCCAAGUUGACAUUGCUGGCACAGAUAUCGAUCCUGAAUUUUUCGAAGCAUUACCAGAUGAUAUGAGAGAGGAAGUUUUCACCCAGCAUGUCAGAGAACGCCGUGCACAAGCUACUGAUUUAGGAACUGGAUCUCGUGAGAUUGACCAAGACUUCCUUGAAGCGUUACCUGAUGCUAUCCGUGAGGAAAUUUUGGCACAUGAAGCCAUAAAUGCAAGAGUGGCACCUGUAAUGGAGAGUCUUAAUGCAAAUGCUAAUCGAGCACAAGAGGCUACAGGUGAAACUACAGAAAGAACUGAUGAGCCUGCAGCACGUACAGGAAAGCAAAAGACUUUCUUCACGCCGCUUGUUGACAGAUUUGGUAUUGCGUCUUUAAUUCGUUUUGUUUUUGUUCCACAAUCAUUUCAAGGUAGAAGAUCUUUGUAUGAUCUUUUGGGUAAAAUUUGUAUUAAUAAACAGAGUCGUGCUGAAGUUUUAGGUUACCUUAUUGCUAUUUUACAAGAUGGUAUCAAUGAUCAACAAUCUUUAGAAAAGACUUUCCAUCAAAUAUGCUCAAGAGCAAAGAAUACAACAAUCAACUUGAAUACGGGUUCAAGUGCAAAACCUUCAACACCAAGAACCCCAAACACACCACAAGCAAAGGGUAAUACAGCAUUGAACCAUUUCCCAAUUAGGGCUACACCAUUUAUUGUUUCUGGUCAAGUUCUUGAGGCUUUACAGUACCUCUUGGAAUCAGAUCCUCAUUUAAGAUAUUAUUUUUUGAGUGAGCAUGAACCGAUCAUUUUGGCUAAAAAGUCUUUGUCUGCUAAAUUUAAAAAAGAGUUAUUAGGAAAACAUUCAAAAUAUCCAUUGAACUCCCUUUUGAGUCUCUUAGAUAGAAGUCUGGUCAAAGAGAAAUCUGUUUUGAUGGAUUUGUUAUCAAGAAUAAUCCAAAUUACUACACGUCCAUUGAAUGCCCUCAAAAAGGCCCAAAAUGAAAAGGCCAAAUCUUCUGAUGAAAAUAAUGAAAAGCAAAAGAAGAACAUUGAUCUUCCAAGCGUUGCAGAUUCAAGUUUCAGUAAUGUGGUUACUAUUUUAACAUCGGAUGAUUGUUCCAGUAGAACAUUUCAACAAACUUUAAGCGCAAUGCAAAACUUAUUGGUUGUUGAUUCCAGUCAUAAUAUCUUUGCUUCAGAGCUUUCAGAUUAUGCAUCAAAGCUUGGUAGAGUUAUUAUUUCAAACAUUUCUGCACUUGUUGAUGAACUCAAAGCAUACACAGUUAAUGAUUUGGAUGCCGAACUUAUGUCAAAAUUCACAUCCUCAAGUUCUGACCAAUCAAAACUUCUAAGAGUUUUAACAGCUUUGGAUUAUCUCUUUGGAAAAUUAGAGGAGAACGAUACAAAUCUUAAGGAAUUGACAGAUUUAUACAAGAAGCUAGCAUUGGGUCCACUAUGGGGUGCUUUGAGUGAUUGCUUAUACUUAUUGGAGGAAAAUAAAAAUAUAACGCAUACAGCUACUGCUUUAUUACCAUUGAUUGAAGCUUUGAUGGUGGUUUGUAAACAUAGCAAAGUGAAGGAGCUUCAAGCUAAGGAUGCUAUCAAGUAUGAGAACAAGAAAUGUGAUUUCGCAAAUGAACCAAUAGAAAGUUUAUUCUUUUCAUUCACUGACACACAUAAGAAAAUCUUGAAUCAAAUGGUCAGGUCUAAUCCUAAGUUAAUGAGUGGUCCAUUUUCUAUGUUGGUGAGAAACCCAAGAGUUUUGGAGUUUGACAACAAGAAGAACUACUUUGAUAGAAAGUUACAUUCAAAUGAGAAUGAAAAGCAAACAUUAGCUGUUUCUAUUCGUCGAGACCAAGUGUUCUUAGAUUCAUAUAGAGCUUUGUUUUUCAAAUCUAAGGACGAGUUCCGUAAUGCUAAAUUGGAUAUCAGUUUCAAAGGUGAAGCAGGUGUUGAUGCAGGUGGUGUUACAAGAGAAUGGUUCCAAGUCUUAUCACGUCAAAUGUUCAAUGCUGAUUAUGCGUUGUUUUUACCAGUUGCUUCUGAUAAAACAACAUUCCAUCCAAAUCGUACCUCAUGGGUCAAUCCAGAACAUUUGUCAUUCUUCAAAUUCAUCGGUCGUAUUAUUGGUAAAGCUAUUUAUGAUAAUUGUUUCUUGGACUGUCAUUUCAGUAGGGAUGUUUACAAAAGUAUAUUGGGACGUAUUGUUUCGUUGAAAGAUUUAGAAACCAUUGACUUGGAGUAUUUUAACUCAUUGAUGUGGAUGUUGAAUAAUGAUAUUACUGACAUCAUCAUUGAAACAUUUGCUGUUGAAACUGAUGACUAUGGUGCUGUUCAAACUGUUGAUUUGAUCCCAGGUGGUAGAGAUAUUCCUGUUACAGAAGAAAAUAAACAAGACUAUGUUCGUUUGGUGGUUGAAUAUAGACUUCAAAAGAGUGUUCAAGAACAAAUGGAUAAUUUCUUACAAGGUUUCCACGAAAUCAUUCCAAAAGAAUUGAUUUCCAUUUUUGAUGAGCAAGAAUUAGAGUUAUUGAUUUCUGGAUUACCAGAUAUUGAUGUUGAUGAUUGGAAAAACAACACAACUUAUGUUAAUUAUUCACCAUCUUCUAAAGAAAUUUCUUACUUCUGGAGAGCUGUUCGCUCAUUUGAUGCCGAAGAACGUGCUAAGCUACUUCAAUUUGCUACUGGUACCAGUAAAGUUCCAUUGAAUGGGUUUAAAGAGCUUGGUGGGUCUGGUGAUAAUUCAAAAUUCAGUAUCCAUAAAGAUUUUGGUUCAACUGAACGUCUUCCAUCAUCUCAUACUUGUUUCAAUCAAAUUGAUCUUCCUGCAUACGACUCAUAUGAAACUUUGAGAGGUUCGUUGUUACUGGCAAUUACAGAAGGUCAUGAAGGUUUUGGUCUAGCAUGA